UUAUUAGGUCUUUAGUAUCUUGAAUAACUGUGCUGCAUAACAGCUACCAUGAGCACACAGUAUAGUGUCCUAUUCAAGCAAGAGCAGGCGCACGACGAGGAUAUAUGGUGCUGUGCCUGGGGAAAAAGUGAAAAGGAUGGAACAGAACACAUCGUCACAGGUUCACUUGAUGAUAAAGUAAAAUGCUGGAAAUGGGUUGAUGAACAAUUGGAACUAAAGUGGAUAUUAGAAGGCCACCAGUUGGGCAUUGUGUCUGUGGACAUUAACAGCUCUGGUACAAUAGCAGCAUCUAGUUCUUUGGAUGCACAUAUACGACUUUGGGAUUUAGACUCCGGAAAACAGCUUCGAGCCAUUGAUGGGGGGACAGUUGAAACAUGGACUGUUGCAUUUUCACCAGAUGGAAAUCAUAUUGCGACCGGGGGUCAGAGUGGACAGAUAUUGGUAAUCAAUGUGGACGACGGUCGCACUGAAUUCAAACUGGAUACAAGAGGAAAAUUCACCUUAAGCAUCGCGUAUAGUGACAAUGGGAAAUAUGUUGCAUGUGGUGCCAUGGACGGUAUCAUCAAAGUUUUUGAUGUUGCUAGCCAGCGGUUGCUACACACACUAGAAGGCCAUGCAAUGCCCAUACGUUCACUUGCAUUUUCACCGGAUUCCCAUCGGCUCGUUACUGCUUCAGAUGACGGACAAAUAAAGGUUUACGAUGUUAAAAAUGCAACAUUCAUUCAAACCCUUAGUGGUCAUUCCUCAUGGGUGCAUGGGGUGGCAUUCUGUCAUAAUAACUUGCAUUUUGCCUCAUGCUCAGCCGAUAAAACGGUAAAAAUAUGGGAUGUGUCUUCCCAUCAGUGUGUUAACACAUUUUACGAUCACAGAGACCAAGUCUGGUCUUGUUGCUAUAACAACAAUGGCUCUAAGUUGGUGUCUGUUUCAGAUGACAAAGCUAUUCAUAUUUAUGAUUGCCCUAUUUAAUCCUUAACAUUGCUUUUUAGUUCUUCGUGUAGUUUAUUUUAAUGAUCAUUAUAAGAAAUUUUGUAAUAGUUCUUGCAACUUCUUGGUGUAAAAGCAUUAAAAUGUUGAACAUGAGUUUAAAGCGUGCACAUGUGAUGAUUUUUAGCAUUUCAUGUAAAACUCUAAAUUUUCAUAGGCCUACCAAUUAAAAUUCCGUUUAAUACUUUUUAGA